AUGGUGAGGGUAGUUGUAGAAUGCGGAGUGGAGUGUGGUUCCUCCCUCCCUGUCGCGUGUGGUUCCUCCCUCCCUGUCGCGUGUGGUUCCUCCCUCCCUGUCGCGUGUGCUUCCUCCCUCCCUGUCGCGUGUGCUUCCUCCCUCCCUGUCGCGUGUGGUUCCUCCCUCCCUGUCGCGUGUGGUUCCUCCCUCCCUGUCGCGUGUGGUUCCUCCCUCCCUGUCGCGUGUGCUUCCUCCCUCCCUGUCGCGUGUGCUUCCUCCCUCCCUGUCGCGUGUGCUUCCUCCCUCCCUGUCGCGUGUGCUUCCUCCCUCCCUGUCGCGUGUGCUUCCUCCCUCCCUGUCGCGUGUGCUUCCUCCCUCCCUGUCGCGUGUGGUUCCUCCCUCCCUGUCGCGAUCCGUAGAGUGUACCACUCAUCCUACACGCAUUUGGAGGGUGUGGAGUUUGCAUGCGGUUGCCCCUUGCUGCCGCUCAAAGCCACCGCCAGAGGACCCACUCACAACACCUCCACUGGUAACCACCUUUCGCCCAACGCCUCCACUGGUAACCACCUUUCGCCCAACGCCUCCACUGAGGAGACGGACAUAGUGGACGAGGCAAUCACGCUCUUCCGAGCCAACGUGCUGUUCCGCCGCUUUGACAUCCGCGGCCCAGCGGACAAGCUGCUGGUCUACCUCACGCUUUACAUCAACAUGGCUCUAAAGCGCAUCGACUCCUGCCCCUCCGAGGCUGAGGGUAUUAGACUGCUCAUCAACCUGGGAUUGGAGCCUUUUCCUAUUCCGGGCGACCCAGGAUUCCCCCUCGCUGGCUUGUUUGCCACACCGACCAGUCGCCUGGAAGCAGAGACGCUGCGGACGUACCUGCAGAGUGUGAGGGAGGAGACGAGCAACCGGCUGCUGCAGCUGGUGUAUCUCCCCGACGGCUCGCCCAACAAGUGGUGGCUCUCCUUCAGCAAGCGCAAGUUCAUGAACGUUGCCAUGCCCCUCUGA